AUGGGGACACAACUAGAUCUCGGGAUGUCCAGCACAGGGGACCGUCCUAAAGGAAAGUACCAGAAACAUUCACAAAUGAAACAGACCAUGUUCACUGAGAAACAACUGGCCGAUUUGGAAUCCUUGUUCAGCAAGAACCCAUACCCCACUCUCAGCCUUCAGAAAGAAAUGGCCUCGAAAUUGCAGAUCCAUCCCACCGUACUGCAGGUUUGGUUCAAGAACCACAGAGCAAAACUCAAGAAAGCCAAACAGCAAUUAGCUGGAGCAGAAGUCAAGACCAGCUCUUCCAAGGGACCCAUGGAUGCCCCUCCAGAAUCCCCCCGUGGUGCCCACCAAGCCUUCCUGGUUUACACAGACCACCCAACACCUUCCUUCCAACUCAGCAUAUGCUCCAAUCUGAAGGUUCUCCCAGACCAUUCUGUUGGCCACAAAUAG